GAAAGAUACUUGAAAGAUACACAGAUGUCGCCUGUUCUGGAGUCCACGAUAACGGUGCCGUCUGCCGUCUCAGCGUUGUCUCUGGGGCCCAACGACGCGCUGUGUGUUGGUUCAUAUGACGGUACCGUCCGUUGGUACGACCUUCCGUCAGGAAAAGUCUCGCGUGCAGUAAAAGCUCUCGGUGAUGAGAUCUCUUCUGUUGUAUGGUCGCAUACAAAGAAAGACACCCCAGCCACCGUAUGGAUCGCUAGCGGCCGCAAGGCCAUCUGUCUCCCCGUAGACUCCCCCAAAAUGAUCAUGUCCAUAGAGGACGCCACGGCCAUCCUGGAAGUCGGAGAAGACGAAGAGGACGUCUUGAACGAGCUCAGUCUCAGUGAGAACGGAAAACAGCUCGCCUUCGGCUCCGACUCGGGCUCCAUAGGAGUCAUCGAAUUAUCGUCGCAAAAGAUCACGCGUAUGCGUGCUACUCAUACGACGGUCUGCGGCUGCGUAAAAUUCGUCCCGGACCGGCCAAACGAGCUUCUCAGCGGGGGUUACGACUCUGCGCUCCUGCACUUCGACGUCGCGCAAGGAUCUACCCUGUCGCGCUUCGACAUCACGGCUACACCACCGAGUCAAGGAAUCUCACUAUCACCACCUUUCGUACUGUCCAUUUCUAUCAGCACCACCGGCCUCCUUGCCGCCAGCACGGCCGACGGGCGAGUCUGGCUCGGCGGAGGCGGCGAAAAGCGGCCGCACGCCUCGCAGGGUGCCAAGAAGAAGCGCACACGCAAAUGGGAAGGCCUCAAGGAAGACGAAGGCGUGUGGCUCCAAGUCGCGGACGGGCCCGUGGUCUCGAUCGCGUUCCGGGACCCUGGAUAUCUGGUGGCAUGCUCGCUGCUGGGCACCAUCAGUGCAUACGAUAUUUCUCGAGACGACGAAGGAGAGCUGCAGGCGACGAAGGUCUGGAGCGAAGCGACACGGAGUGUGGAGAAGGUCAACGCGAUGACGGUUAGCCAGCUGUGGGUUGUCAUCGGGGGAUUCGGCAAGGAUGGCAAGGGCGUGGUCGAGACAUGGCGCGACCAACAAAGAGAGACGUGUCAACCUACAACCUGAGUAGAUAGCAUGUGUCAAGUAGCGCAAAAUAUCUAUGCGCCUAUAGCACCUUGCGUUUACA